AUGUCGCGUCUUGAUACGGAAAAAGGCCCUUUUGCUUCUAUUAUUGCGGAAGCCGCAUGGUGCUGCGGCUGCUGCUGCUGCCUCUCCUCUCGCCCUCUCUGCAGUAACAACAACCCCUACGCCUCCUUCGGAGCCACGCUGGCGCGGGACGAGGAGCAGAACCUGUGGAGCACCCCGCACGACGUGACCCACACCGAGGCGGACGACGACCGGGUGCUGUACAACAUGAUCGUGGUCAGGAACCAGCUGGACAAGGACUCGGAGGAGUGGCAAAAGCUCAACUACGAUAUUUAUACCUUACGGCAGACCCGAAAAGAAGUGAGAAGCAGGUGGAAACACAUUUUGGAGGAUUUAGGUUUCCAGAAGGAAGCAGACUCCCUCUUGUCAGUGACCAAACUCAGCAUCGUAAGUGACUCCCAGAACAUGGGCAAAGCCCGGGACAUCCUGUUAAAGCUGUCUGAAGAGACAAACAUCUUCCCGACCAGCUGGGAGCUUUCCGAGCGCUACCUCUUCGUGGUGGAUCGGCUCAUAGCUCUGGAUGCUGCGGAUGAGUUCUUCAAGAUGGCCAGCGUGGUGUAUCCGAAGAGACCCAGCGUGGAAAGAGCGGAUGAUAGCCGGAAGGUCCCACAGUGUAUCUCUGUCAAGAUGCCCUGA